CGAAUGGGUUUUUCCACAUUUUUACUCCCUCUUCUCGUUUCUCUAAUUUUCCAUAAUUUUCAGCACUCAUCUUCAUUCUCCCUCUCCGUGGAGAAAUUCAAAGAAGAUGUAAUAGUGUCAUCACCAAAGGGCAAAUUCACUGCUGGGUUUUACCCUGUAGGGGAUAACGCAUACUGCUUUGCCAUAUGGUACACACAACCACCUCACACCCUUGUUUGGAUGGCCAACCGGGACCAGCCGGUCAACGGAAAACGCUCUACCCUUUCCCUUCUCACUACCGGUAACCUCGUACUAACCGAUGCCGCUCAGUUCAUGGUAUGGUCCACAAACACCGCCACCUCAUCCAAACAAGUCCAGUUACAUUUCUACGAUACCGGUAACCUCGUUCUCCUCGACAACUCCGACAACGUUGUUGUUCUGUGGCAAAGCUUCGAUUACCCAACGGACACGCUUCUUCCUGAUCAAACUCUCACCAAGAACUCCAACCUUAUUUCCUCGAGAAGCGGAACCAACUAUUCUUCUGGUUUCUACAAGCUCUUCUUCGACUCCGAUAAUGUUCUCCGCCUCAUGUACCAAGGUCCACGUGUUUCAAGCGUUUACUGGCCAGACCCUUGGCUUCUUAACAAUAAUUUAGGUAUUGGUGGUACGGGUAAUGGUAGAACCUCUUACAACGAUAGCAGGGUUGCUGUACUAGAUGAGUUUGGCCACUUUGUUUCUUCGGAUAACUUCACUUUCAAAACAAGUGAUUAUAGGACGGUGCUCCAACGUAGAUUGACGCUUGAUCCCGACGGUAGCGUGAGGGUGUACAGCAAGAACGAUGGAGAAGACAAGUGGUCCAUGUCAGGGGAAUUCAAGUUACAUCCCUGUUAUGCUCAUGGGAUUUGUGGAUCCAAUAGUUAUUGCAGAUACGAGCCAACAACCGGUAGAAAGUGUUUGUGUCUUCCAGAUCAUACCUUGGUUGAUAAUCAAGACUGGUCUCAAGGUUGCACACCAAAUUUCCAACAUUUGUGCAACGACAACAACACCAAGUAUGAGUCUCGCUUCCUGGGCAUGUCCCUUGUUAGUUUCUAUGGAUACGACUAUGGUUACUUUGCAAAUUACACCUACAAACAAUGUGAGAAUCUGUGUUCGCGAUUGUGCCAAUGCAAAGGGUUUCUACACAUAUUUUCAGAGGAAAAUGCUUUCUUUGAGUGCUACCCAAAGACGCAGUUACUAAAUGGGAAUAGACAAAUGGAUUUCAAGGGAUCAUUCUUCCUGCGACUGCCUUUGUCCCAUGAAGAGUAUGAGAACCCUGUCCAAAAUAACGACAAUGGCGGCUUGGUUUGUGGGGGAGAAGGUGGAGGAGCGAAACUACUGGAGAGACAGUACGCGGAAGAAAAAGAAAAUGGAUCGGUGAAGCUCAUGUUGUGGUUUGCGAGUGCCUUGGGAGGAAUUGAGGUUGUGUGCAUCUUUCUGGUGUGGUGUUUCUUGUUUAGGAACAAAAAUCGGAAAUUACACUCCGGUGCUGACAAACAAGGCUAUGUUAUUGCAACAGCUGCAGGGUUUCGGAAAUUCAGUUACUCUGAGCUGAAACAAGCCACCAAAGGCUUCAGUGAAGAGAUUGGAAGGGGUGGUGGAGGUACUGUGUAUAAGGGUGUCUUGUCUGAUAAUCGAGUUGUGGCAAUAAAGCGACUGCAUGAAGUAGCAAACCAAGGAGAAAGUGAGUUCCUAGCUGAAGUAAGGAUAAUUGGAAGGCUUAACCACAUGAACUUAAUUGGCAUGUUGGGGUAUUGUGCAGAGGGUAAGCAUAGGUUGUUGGUUUAUGAGCACAUGGAGAAUGGUUCUUUAGCUCAAAACCUCUCAUCGAGUUCAAAUGUUCUUGAUUGGAGUAAGAGAUAUAGCAUUGCUCUUGGAACGGCAAAGGGUCUGGCCUACUUGCAUGAAGAAUGUCUGGAGUGGAUUUUGCAUUGUGAUAUUAAGCCCCAAAAUAUACUUCUUGACUCUGAUUACCAACCCAAGGUAGCGGAUUUUGGCUUGUCUAAGCUACUUAACCGGAACAGCAACCUCAACAAUUCAAGUUUCUCAAGGAUAAGAGGAACAAGAGGUUACAUGGCACCGGAAUGGGUUUUCAACUUGCCAAUCACUUCCAAGGUGGAUGUCUACAGCUAUGGCAUUGUUGUCUUGGAGAUGAUAACUGGAAGGAGCCCAACAGCAGGUAUCCAAAUCACAGAAUUAGAAGCAGCAUCACAUCAUCAUGAGAGGUUGGUGACAUGGGUGAGGGACAAAAGGAGAACAAGAUCAAAAAUGGGAUCAUCAUGGGUGGAUCAAAUCGUUGACCCUGCUUUGGGAUCAAAAAACUAUGACAGGAAUGAAAUGGAGAUAUUGGCAACGGUGGCUUUGGAAUGUGUAGAGGAUGAGAAAGAUGCGAGACCUAGCAUGAGUCAAGUUGCUGAGAGGCUCCAAAAUCAUGAACCCUAUACGUGAUGGUUUGAACAAAGAAUAGCCAUCUCUCCCAUGUCCGUCACUUCCCUUGUUUAUCAUCCAUGGUUCCAGCUCCUCUAAUUUUUUGGUUGGUUUUGUCUAUCAUAAAUUGUUUGUUUGUGCCUUGUGGAAAAUCUUCAGUUGUUGUGCAGUUUAAUGCUGCUGUUGUAUCAGAUUCUAGUGUUUGGCAACCUAUGUUGUUACAGUUGCAGGAAUUAUUCUGUAGUAGUACCCCCCUUGUAUUACAAUAUUUGCAUCAAUUGCAACCUAUUUAUUAUGAUACUGAUACAAAGCAUUUAUCUC